AAGUCAGUCAGCGGAACACCUUCGAACAGAGCAAAUGCUCUCCAGUCCUCAGUACAACAAAGCGUACUGUAGAACAAGUGCUUGUUCAAGAAAGUCUCUUAAGUUGAGUGCCCUCCCACGAAAGUAACCCCCAAUAACCAUGAAAUUGCUGUGUUGUUCAAAAUCUUGGAAUAUUAAUUCUUGCGAAAGUGACAAUGAAUCCACAAAUUCGGAGAUCGUAUCACCUCUUCCGUUUGGCACGAUAAAGCACGAUAAACCGUUCUUAAGUCCUCCACAUCAGAAACGACUAGGUAUACGUGCCGAACCACCUAGUUUGAACUUCACCAAAACCCAGUGCAUACCCAAAGAUAGGGAGACCAAUGAUCUUCUCAAAGGAGCCAUUCUGAAGAAUGAUUACUUAAAAAAUAUCAUGGAUGACACAAGAUUGCAAUUGUUGGUGGAUGCAAUGAUUCCAGGAAGUGCAACAGAAGGCACAAUGAUCAUUCAGGAAGGUGAAGAAGGUGACGCAAUGUACGUUUCGUACGACGGCAAGUUCGAAGUGUUGAUCAACAAAAAGUUCAUGGGAGACUUCGGACCGGGAAUCCUCUUUGGAGAACUCGCAAUACUGUACAUGGCUAAGAGGUUCGCAUCAAUUAGAGCACGUACAAAUGUCCGGUACUACAAACUACCUAGACAAGUAUUUCAGAAAAUUAUGGUUGACACAGGCCGACGGGAACGUGAUGACAACAUACGCUUCCUCAAUAGCGUUACAACAUUCAAAAGUUUUACCAACCGAUCGUUCGUUAUCAAUCGUAUGGCUGAUCUCCUGAGAAGAGAGUUCUACCCUGCCGGAUGGGAGAUUAUUAAGCAAGGUGACAUUGCGGACAAAUUUUACAUCAUCCGAGGUGGAACAGCAACUGUGACGCAAAAGUAUGACAACGGACGAACGUUAGAUGUUAAUGUGCUCAAACGAGGUGACUACUUCGGGGAUCGUGCCCUAAUUGCCAAAGAAACCUGUGACAGUUCUGUGUUUGCCAAUAGUCCUGGCACCGAAUGUUUAAUCCUCGACAAGAGAGACUUUAUGCGAUAUGUGGACUACAAAGUGCUAGAUCAGUUUGAAAGGAAACUAUCCCUAACAGACUUAACUGUUAUUGGAACGCUUGGUGCUGGGGGCUUUGGACGUGUUGAUCUCGUAAAAGGACCAAAUAGUGAAUUAUAUGCCCUGAAAUGCCUCAAGAAGGUCAAUGUUGUCCAACAACAGCUCCAAGAGGAAGUUUACAGUGAGAAAAAAUUGCUGAAAAUGUGUGAUCACAGUUUUAUAGUAAAACUACGUGCCACUUUCAGAGACACCCGAUACGUCUACUUCCUAAUGGAACCAUGCCUUGGCGGUGAUCUCUGGACACUACGCCAUAAAAAACGAAAAUUCCGCGAAUCAGCAGGAAGAUUUUACAUAGCAUGUGUUAUUCGUGCCAUUGAAUAUCUUCACUCUCACAAUAUCAUAUAUCGUGAUCUCAAACCCGAAAAUCUCAUGUUAGAUACCAACGGAUAUCUCAAAUUAAUUGAUUUUGGAUGUUCAAAAAUGACCGUUCCAGGUGAAAAGACCUACACCUUCGUUGGGACACCAGAAUACAUGGCACCCGAAAUGAUUAUGAACCGUGGUUACUGUCGAUCAAUUGAUCCCUGGUCAGUUGGCGUACUAGCCUACGAACUCCUAACGGGAAAGUCAGCCUUUACUGGACCCACAAAUCUUGACAUAUUUACCAAAAUUCUCGAAGGUAUUCCCAAAAAUCGCUACCCCCAUCAUCUCUCUAAGGAAGCAGUUAGCCUAAUUUCCGGUCUUUGCCGUGUAAAUCCAAUUACAAGACUCGGAUGCCAGAAAGAAGGUAUCUCCGGCCUUGUCGAUCAUGAAUUCUUCAAGAAGUUCGACUGGAAAGCUCUAACAGCCAUGACAAUGAAACCACCCUAUGUGCCAAAAGUCAAAAAUCUCACUGAUCUCCUAGAAUGCACAAAUCUCCACCGUGAACCACCUCCAGAAGAUUUUUCCGGAUGGGAUCAAGGAUUCGAAAGCUAACCAAAAAUUGUAUAUCUAUUUAUUUAAAAAAUUAUGUACUGUCUUAAUUUUUUUUAAUAUUUAUUUUUUUCUAUAAUUAAAAUCAAACAAAUGAAUUCUA